AUGAUGAAUCUCUUCAGAUUACUAGGGGACCUUUCCCAUCUCCUGUCCAUUUUGAUACUGCUACAGAAGAUGAAAACAUCAAGCAGCGCGUCCGGCAUCUCGUUCAAAUCACAAUUCCUCUACCUCAUCGUAUACGUUACCCGAUACGUCGACCUUCUUUGGACCUUCUACGAGCCCAAGUCCCUCUACAAUACCUUCUUUAAGAUCAUCUUUAUCAGCACGGCCUCAUACACCGUUUACCUGAUGCUCAACGAUUACAAACCCACCCACGACCCGAACCUCGAUACAUUCAAGGUGCAAUACCUCAUUGGUGCCAGCGCGGUAUUAGCGAUUCUCUUCCCGUACAAGUACAACUUCACAGAGAUCCUCUGGGCUUUCUCCAUAUGGCUUGAAUCGGUUGCUAUCCUACCACAGCUCUUUAUGCUGCAGAGAACAGGGGAGGCGGAAACGAUUACCACCCACUACUUGUUCGCCCUCGGCGCAUACCGUGCCUUAUACAUUCCCAACUGGAUUUACAGAUACUUCUUCGAGGUGCCGCGCUUCUGGGAUCCCAUUGCUGUCAUUGCGGGAAUUGUGCAGACCAUUCUCUAUUCCGAUUUCUUCUGGAUCUACUACACCAAGGUCAUCCAGGGCAAGAAAUUCAACCUACCGGUGUAG